AUGGUUUCUUUAUACUUUAUAUGGACAUUCCUUUUAUCCAACCCCCUUUUGCCACAGCAAACAGUAUCACGAGAUGAAGGGUCGUCGUUUCUGGCAUCUGCGCGUCAUGCCAUGUCUCAAAACGAUACGGACGCAGCUUUCCAAUAUCUGAGCGAAGCAUUUUUUCGAAAUCCCAAUUUGGUGGGCCUGUAUUCUUGUUUCGAGGAUCUUUUCCGCUUGAAAAUAAGCUUAAAUAACGACGACGUCGAUCGUAUGGGGCUGGCAAGUCUUCUGUCCGACAUUGGCAGAUACGAGGAAGCGGCAAAUGAAUUGCGAGAAAUGCUGUCGACGAAGAAUGAUGUUUCCCACAUGGAUCAAGCCUUACACAAGAAAGCGAGAUCUACCCUUUUUCGAAAUGAAGCUGCAAUAUGUUCAUGGGAUUCAUAUGAUGCAGAUAGUGUGGCAAUGCUGGAAUCAGUUAGAGACGACUUGGCCGUAAAUAUUUUACCAUCAGUCCAUCCCUAUGAAGCUUUGAUGUGGCCUUGUCUUUCCCUCGAAGAUGCGAGUUCGAUUGCAAGAAGUUAUGCAAGUAGAACAAUGGGGUCAGUGGUUGAUACGAAGCCCCGACUGGAAACUCCAGAGAGAGUUUAUGCAUACACAAGGAAUGAUGAGAAAGUGCAUAACUCUAGAAUAAAGGUGGCAUACAUCAGUCCAGAUUUUACAGGCGUGCAUCCUCUCGCAUUCCUAAUGCAGGAUGUCUUCCGGCUCCACGACAACUCAAGGUUCGAUAUAUAUGUUUAUUCAUUAAAUGAUUCAGAUUUGAGCCCGGAAGUUGAGAAGAUCAAGGCUGCAGCUUCGAAAUGGACUGUCCUCUCUUCAUCUGUUGACGACAUGGUAGAGACUAUCCGCGCUGAUGGUUUGGAUAUGCUCAUCGACUUGUGCGGAUACACCGGGACGUCAUUAAUCGCGGAAAUAAUGGCUCGUCGAGCAGCACCAGUUCAAAUAGCAUACAUGGGUUUUCCGGCUAGCAGCUGUGCCCCGUUUAUCGACUUCAUGAUAUGCGAUGAGAUCGUUGUUCCGCCAACAGAAAUGUCCAUUCGAAAGCACUACUCCGAAAGCCUGAUUUACAUGCCCCAUUGCUAUUUUGUCAACAGUCAUCGAUAUCUACUUGAGAGGAUCAAGAGGUUUGCCAACCCUACCCGGUCACAGAACUCCUUGCCAAAACAUGGAUUUAUUUUCUGUUGCCACAGCCGACCAGACAAAAUUGACCCCAUUACUUUCGACUCUUGGGUUGGCGUCAUAAAACAAAUCCGAGACGAGGGGAAACGGGAAAAAAACCCGCAGAAGGAAAACGCAAUCCUUUGGCUACUGCGAUCAUGCGCUGAGAUGGAGAGAAACUUGAGACAACGUUCCAGGAACGGUUUUCAGUUGGAUGAUGAUGCAAUCAUCUUCGCAGACAAGGUAUCUCGUGACGAGCAUUUGCUUCGCUUGCAGCUUGUAGAUUUGUUUCUCGAUACUCCGGCCUACAACGCACAUACUGUUGGAGUUGACUGUCUAAGCGUCGGGGUACCAAUGGUCUCUCUGUUGCGCAAGACACCAGAAUCAACAAUGGGAAAUGAGAUAGCAACCGAAAAACUAGCCAGUCGGGUAGGAGCCAGCUUGCUUACAUCUGUGGGGCUACCCGAACUGGUAGCUCCUGAUAUGACAACCUACCAGUCAAUCAUGAAACGAUGCGUCACAGACGAGGAAUGGUUCUCAAGUUUGAAGGAAAGGUUGUCCAAUCACCUUGAAUACGCUCCUCUCUUUGACACUAAGCGAUGGGUGGAUAACUUUGAGUCGGCUUUGUUUGCCAUUGACUGUGAAUGGAAGAAAUCAAAGCGAGAUUUCGAUGUAUUUGUGAUUGAGAAAUAA